UUUUUUCUUAAAGAAAUGAACUUUACCUCUAUAGACAAUGGGAGCUAGCCAUGUUAUUGCUGUUAGGCUAAUUUAUUGAAGUUUCAUUGGAUAUUGGUAAUAUAAUAAAGACAUAUAACAUUUACUGUCGGGUCCAUUUUUUGGUAAAAUUAAUAUUAGAGGAAAAUAUUUUGAUACACAUGUAAACUAAUAUACUUAUGUGACAUUUGAUUUUCUUGAUUGUUUUACUGGCUAAAACGAAUCUGUUGGUAUACACAAUAGAUGAGUACUUCGGCGGUUGAAGUUAGUGGUGAAAAGGUGAAAGCAAUGUGGGAUAAGACAUUGACAGAAAAAUUUUGUGAUAUUUGUAUUAAAGAGAUAUUAAAAGGCAAUAGGCCCGAUACUUAUUUCACAAAAGAUGGAUGGUUGAAAAUAAUGACCAACUUUGAGAAAGAAACGGGAAAGAGUUUUUCACAAAGACAACUUAAAAAUAGGUGGGAUGCCCUAAAAAAAGAAUGGAAAGCUUGGAAGAAACUUAAAGGCGAAGAUACUGGUCUAGGGUGGAAUCCUAUAAAAAGAACCGUUGAUGCAUCGGAUGAUUGGUGGGAGAGUAGGCUACAGGUUGUGCCUGAAGCUUAAAAAUUUCGAACUUCGGGCAUUGAUCCUGAAUUCAAAGGGAAGUUGGAUCAAAUGUUCAUGGGGAUAGUUGCAACAAGUGAUAAAGCAUGGGCACCUUCUUCGGGUACACUUCGGACUGAUUUUUUUGAGGAUGUUACCAAUGAAAUACCUGAAGAGAAUGAAGAAGAAAAUAUGAGAAAUGAUGUUCACAUUUCAAAUGAUGUUCAAAUUGAUGGGAACGGUCAAAAAAGAAAAAACCCUGAGAAAAAUAGAAAAAUUAUGCAAUGCAGCUGACAAUAUGAGUCAAGCCACAUCUAGUUUGACUCUUGUUAUGGAUCCAUAUGGUAUUCCACAAGCAGUCAAAGUGCUUGACAGCAUGUCGGAAGAAGAUCCAGAAGCUAGUCCGCUAUACUUUUUUGCACUUAAAUUAUUGCUCAAUAAGGACAAGCGAAUUAUGUUUUUAUCAAUUAAUCCCAAGAUUAGAGCUUUGUGGCUUAAGUCAGAAAUGGAGGAUAGUUGAACACUUUCUGAUCUUCUAGGGUUCAGAGAUAUCUAUUAUGUGACUAAACAACAAUGCUAAACUAGUUUUAUCAAUAGUUAUUUAUGUUUGGUUUUUGGACAUUGAAUUUAUGUUCUACUUAUUUAUGUGUAAUCUAGUUUUAUUAAUAGUUGUUUAUGUUU